GCGGCCCCGAGAGGCGGCGAGCGGCGCCUCGGCCCGGCCCGGCCCAGCCCCGGCCCCGGCCCCGGUGCCGUCAUGAGAGCCCCAGCGCCGCUUGCACUUGGUUGCAUCAGCUUGGUGCUGUGUCUGCUGGAGCUGCCCGGCUGCCAGCCCCUGCCCGCGGGGCGCUCGCCCAAGCGCAGGGAGCCCCCGGACCGCAGCCCCCCGGCAGCGCCCCACCAGCGCCCGCCGGCCGCCCUGCUCCUGGGGGCCCGUGCGGCGCCCCGGCCCGCCGGCGGCCCGCGGCGCCCGCAGCUCGCCCCGCGGCUCCCACCGCAGCACCGGCCACGGCUCGUCCCACGGCUCGUCCCACGGCACGGUCCACGGCUCGGUCCACGGCUUGACCCACGGCUCGUCCCGUGGCACGUUCCACGGCUCGUCCCACGGAUUAUCCCCCGGCUCGCCCCCCGGCACAGCCCGCGGCUCGCCCCCCGGCCGGGCGCGCAGCCCCCGCGGCGGCGGCGGCACCUGCGCGGCCGCCUGCAGCAGGGGCAGCUGCUGCGCGUGGGCUGCGCGCUGGGCACCUGCCAGGUGCAGAACCUCGGCCACCGCCUGUGGCAGCUCGUGGGCCGCGCCGGCCGCCAGGACUCGUCCCCCAUGAACCCCAACAGCCCCCACAGCUACGGCUGAGCCCCCGCCCGCCCCGGCGAGCCCCACUCCCGCCGCAACUGGGGCACGGGCCAGCGGCAGCCAGCGGCCCGUGGCGGCAGCCCGGCCUGCCCCGCUCGGCCCCGGGUCCAAGGGGCGCCGGCUGCCGGCGGCAGCGCCGGGCCCGCGGCCCCCCUCGGCUCUGACUCGGCAGCUUCCUCGCCCGCCGCCGCUCCAAGGUGUCCCGGCACCGCUCUGCCGCCGCCCGCAGCACCGGCCCUGGCGGCGGCACCGGGAGCCGGGCGGGGAUGCAGCACCGGGAGCUGGGCGCGGGUGCCGCACCACCCCGUGAACCAGGCACGAGUGCAGCACCCUGCAAGCUGGGCAUGGCUGCAGCACCCGUGUGCCAGGCAGGACUGGAGCACCGUGCACUGCUCCCGGUCACCUUGCCCCCUUCCUGAGCCCCUCCAGACCCCCGGCACCCCGCGGUGCCCACUGCUGUGUGCCCCAGUGCAGCACUGGGGGCAGCCCUGCUCCUUCCCUGCCCCCCCCACGCCGUGGCCCCCGGGGCUCGGUGGGUGCCAGGGGACCGAGAGCCAGCACUGAGCAUGGGGGUGGCACCGAAGCCGGCUCCCACCCCCGCUCCCGGCCCCAGCGCAGGCAGGCUGGGCGAGCCCCCGGGCCGCUGCUGCUGUUCUCCGUGGCAAAGCGCCGGCAGCCGAGUGCUGCUCGCUGCAGCUGGAGCCACGCAGUGGGGACCAGCCACAGCUCUGCCGCGGGCACCCCCCUCCUCUCCUGGGGGCACCGCCGGCGGGCACCCACCACCCUGCCCGGAGCAGCCCCGUCCCGCCCGGAGCGCCCUCAGCCCGCGCUCCAGCCUUGCAGGCACCCGGGUCCCUCCCGGAGCGGCUGCUCCCUCCCCGGGGCCCCUUCUCCCCCCAGCUCGGGUGCGGCCUGGCCGGGGGCCCCGGCGCGGAGGCUCCGCGGUGCCGGCACCCGGCCCGGGGCGCCGCUCGCGCGGGGCCGAGCAGCGCAGUCCCGGCAGCGGUGCAGGCGGCCGCCCUGCCCCGCGCCGGGGCAGCGCCGCACCAACACCAGCCCUUUCCCUCCGAGUUUAAGUUAAAGGUUCGGAUUCUGCGCAGAAUAAAGUGCGAGUGGAGAUGCUG